AUGGCGUCCACGAAACCCCUCGUUCUUGUAGUAGGUGCCUCUGGAAACACUGGCCAGAGCAUUGUUACCGGCCUUCUCGCAACUGGCAACUUCCGCGUCGCGGCACUUGUUCGCCCCGCCUCCGCCUCGAAGCCCGCAGUCGAGAGCCUUCGGGAAUCGGGCGUCGAGAUCCGCCUUGGAGACCUUAAAAACGGUGUCGAGAAGCUCAAGGAGGCCCUUGUCGGGGUGGCGAUCUUCAUCAGCGCUGUAGAUGCCCGCUCGCUCGAGGACCAGAAGGACGCCCUCCGCGCCGCGAAGGAAGUAGGGGUACAGCGCGUCAUCCCGUGCGAUUUUGCCACCCCGACCGAGAAGGGCGUCAGAGAACUAGGCGACACGAAACUCGCGAUUCGCGAGUUCGUCAAGGAGCUCGGCGUGCCCUACACGUUCAUCGACGUGGGCUGGUGGAUGCAGCUCACGCUACCUCUGCCGACGCGCAGCGCUUCUAGGCUCAAGCCCCUGACAUACCAGAUCCAUGGGCCGGGAGACGACAAGAUGCUGGUUACGGACAUCGCGCAUAUCGGGACCUACGUCGCGCGCAUCGUCGCCGAUCCGCGCACCCUGUACCAGGCGGUCAUUAUCUGGGAGGAUGAGGUGACGCAGCUCGAGGCGCAUGAGAUUGGAGAGCGCCUCUCGGGCGAAGCUGAUGUUCUGAAAGCCAAGCGCGUCUACAUCACGGCCGAGGAUCUCUUGAAGCAGAUCGCAGAGGCCAAGGCGACGCUCGCAAAAGACCCUGCCAAUGUCCUAGCGGUAAUGAGCGUCAAUUGGGCCCAGUACAUGUACAGCCUGCACAUCCUCCGCGAGAACACGCUGGAGAACGCGAAGCGGCUGGGAUUCCUCGACGCGCGCGAGCUGUACCCGGACAUCCCCAAGUUCUCGCUGGAAGAAUUUGCGAAGGACUACUACGCGAAGGAGGAGCCCGGUGAGGUGUAUGCUUAG